AGUAAACUAGGUGGCUACAGUCUGCAGCUACCUUUUUUUUAAUAGAUUAGACAUUGCCUCAUAUAGUUAGGAUUGGGUUUUGCUUUAAACCCAUUCCGAAAAGGCAAUGUCCUAUACAUCCAAACUCCCUGCGUCCUGGAAUGAUAAACCCCCUUCUCGGAAAGUGGAAAUUGACCUGAGCUCACCUGGUUUAGCUGUGUUUGAGUUGGAAAGACUCUUAUUUACUGGCAAAGCUAUCAUCAGCCAUGCAGAUGAAGUGUGGCCAAGGCUUUACAUUGGUGACCAACACAGUGCAGAGAACCGGGAUGAUCUAUCCAUGCACCAAAUCACUCACAUCCUAAAUGCAGCUCACAGUAAACGCAGAGGGCAGCCAGACAUCUAUAAAGGCAUGAAGAUCACCUACAUGGGCAUAGAGGCUCAUGACUCCUGUGACUUUGACCUGAGUGUCAACUUCCAGGCGGCAGCAGACUUUAUCGACAGGGCUCUCAACAGAGGAGGCAAAGUGUUGGUGCAUUGCCACGUAGGAGUGAGCCGCUCUGCCACGCUGGUCCUGGCUUACCUGAUGCUGAAGCAGAACCUGACCCUUGUGGAGGCUAUUUGUGUUGUGAAAGACAACCGGGGUGUUAUCCCUAAUCGAGGUUUCCUCAGACAGCUCAUCAAACUGGAUGGCCGGCUCUUUGGCCCUCACUGAACCCUGCCUGAUAGCAUUACUGCUUAGCUUUCAUCAGGAAAAAUCUGAUAAAGAUAGCUCCCAUCCUGGAUGAUCUUUUCAUUGCCACAAACAAGUAUG